GGAAUCGCGGGGAGGGGGCCGUCGGUCGGUGGGUCGGGUCCUAGUGCGGGCCCCGGUCGGAGGAACAUGUCGGCCCCGGAGAGCAGCGCUGGUAGCGGCGAGGCCCGGGAGGACGCAUGCCGCGAUUACCAGUCGUCGCUGGAGGACCUGACGUUCAACAGCAAGCCGCACAUCAACAUGCUGACCAUCCUGGCCGAGGAGAACGUGCCCUUCGCCAAGGACAUCGUCUCCCUGAUCGAGGCGCAAAUCGCCAAGGCUCCUGCGUCAGAGAAGCUCCCUGUUAUGUACCUUAUGGAUUCCAUUGUCAAGAAUGUUGGAAGAGAGUAUCUUACUGCAUUUACUAAAAACCUAGUUGCAACAUUUAUUUGUGUAUUUGAAAAGGUGGAUGAAAAUACUAGGAAAAGUUUAUUUAAAUUACGCUCCACAUGGGACGAUAUUUUCCCUUUGAAGAAACUUUAUGCACUUGAUGUCAGAGUCAACUCAUUAGAUCCUGCUUGGCCAAUUAAACCUCUGCCCCCAAAUGUGAAUACUUCUAGCAUCCAUGUGAAUCCUAAGUUUUUAAACAAAUCGCCAGAGGAAUCUACUGCAUCUACCUCUGCUGUCACUUCUGGUGCCUCUACUCCUCCAGCUGUUCCUGAAAUACAAAAGAAUUUGACACAGGAGCAACUGAUAAGGCAGCAAUUGCUUGCGAAGCAAAAACAGUUGUUAGAACUUCAGCAAAAAAAGUUAGAGCUGGAGUUGGAACAGACUAAAGCACAGUUGGCUGUUUCUCUUAGCGUUCAGCAAGGAUCGUCUUCUAUACCUUCAGUUCCAACACCUUCCAAGCCACAUGUGUCCCAGACACCUCACAUGGCAGUUAAAAUACCUACUCAGGCUUCAUUGCAAUCUGAAAAGAUCAAACCAUCCCCAAGUCCUCCACUUCAUGAUGUCAAAAUAGUAAAUAGAGAUCCUCGACUUAAUAGAAUGUCUCAACAUUCUUCUCAUGCUAAAGAUCAGUCUCACAGGAAAGAAUUUCCACCAAACACAACUGGUCAGUCUGAUGCCAAGGCGAGCAAAACAUCUCAGUCCGAAAAACAAAGCUCAACAAAACCAGAGAAAUCGAAAGCAGGUGAAAAAACACAAAAGAAAGAAGCUGAUCAGGUGGAAACAAAGUCUAAGUCUCCAUCUCCUUUGAAAAACAAGCUUCCCAAUACUAAAGAUACUAAAACCCAAGAAUCUGAAAGCGCAAAAGUAUCUGAAAUGAGUAAGCGGGACCCAAGACUGAAAAAACAUCUUCAAGAGAAGCCAGAGAGCAAAGGGGAUGAGGUGAAAGAAAAGAGGAGAAAUACAGAGAAAAAAGAAAAAGACGAACAUAAAGCAGGUGAACAUAGACCAGUAGGCAGCAGAAAUAAAACCGUUAAUGGUGUUGUUCAGAAACAAGAUGUGCCUACCGAAGAAUCAGAAAAACAGGGUGGAAAACAAGGGAGAUCCAGUAAUAGAAAACGGUCACGAUCCCGCUCUCCUAAAUCACGGUCACCAUCUACACAUUCUCCAAAACGAAGAGAGAGGAGAUCGCCCAAAAGAAGACUCAGGAGUUUGUCUCCCACUUCUUCAACUCCUAAAAUUGGAAAGAUCCGUCAGAUAGGUCCUAAGCAGUCUCAUGCAGAAGAAGCCUCACAAGGGGCAAGAGACGAAAGGAAUUCUAAUAAGCGAAAUGUUAAACAAGAGGUGCGAGAUCCAAGGAGAGUGAAAAAAAGCCAAGAAGACAGGCCCCAAGAAAUAGCAAGCCAGCAUUCUACAAAAGCUUCUCCUGAUCCAAAGGAGAAUGCAGAGAAUUGGCAGGGAUCCAAAGCAGGCAAGAGGUGGAAAUCCGGUUGGGAGGAGAAUAAAAACUCGCAGCAGACUGAAGAACACCAAGCUGUUGGUAAAUCUCCUCACCAAAGACACCGAGAAAACUGGCCUGCUGCUAAGGGAAUUCUGUCACCCCGAGCACCAAAACAGCAGCACCGGUUAAGUGUGGAUGCCAAUUUACAAAUUCCCAAAGAACUGACGUCUGCAAGCAAGAGAGAAUUACUUAAAAAGGCCAAUGACCGCUUAGCAUCUGGUGAAAUAACACAAGAUGAGUUCCUCGUGGUAGCUCAUCAGAUUCGACAGCUGUUCCAGUACCAGGAAGGAAAGCACAGAUGUAAUGUGUGGGACAGCCCCACAGAGGAGAAAGGCUCUCUGAAAAGGAAGCCUCUUCUAUCUGAUGCGGAGUUAACGUACUACGAGCAUAAAGCUAAACUGAAAAGGACACAAGUUCAGCAUUCGCUGUCAAGACUUGAUCUCUUGGAUCCUGAUGAUAUUUUGGACUAUCAUGUGCCCGAUGCUUUGCUUUCUGGAGUGGACUGUGAGCAAGGGAAAGCAAAGCGCGGAGUACAGUUUGAGAGAAAAGAACCUUUUGGAGAAAGGUCAAGACGGCACUCUCCUGUAAGUGGCACGAGCAGACCCUUUGCUGAAAGCCUUUCGCCUCUGGAGGGUCGACGAAGGCUUGAGGAACAAAGUGCUGCUAAAGGAGGCAGGGGUUCGAAAAACUUUGAUCCUUACGACAACUGGGGAGAAUCAGAUGAAUUCAGAGAUGCUCUCAGACAGCAGGGAAAAGGUACAGCAGAAUUCCAGAAGAUAGAUGGUGAUGCUGUCUGUAGGUUUGAUAACCGUGAAGAAAGACCGCUGCUUGGGAAAUCUGGUGUUCGAGAUGAACCAAGAUCACCAUUCAAUGAACGUUUCAAAAGAGCUAGAUACGAAGACCCAGAUAAAGAACCAUUUCCAGACAGUCCAGGGUCAAGAUUUGGAGGCAUAGAAGCAAAGCCGAGAAUAAGCGCACUGAUGGAAGACAGACCUUUAUUUGAUGGCUCAUCUAGACCAUCUGCUGCAAGAGUUGGGGCAGACGGACAAGGAAGCCCUUUUAUUGAUAGUCCUACUGCUGGUUCAAGUUCUAGAAUUGAUGGGCCACCUGGACAGGCUGCUCUGAGAUUUGAGGGGCCUUUAGUGGGCGCAGGUGCUUCUCAGUUUGAUGGACCCCUGGCAGGAGCAGGGGGAGCUGGAGCCCUAAGAUUUGAUGGGCCACCAGGGCAGCUGGCGGGGGCUCUCAGGUUUGAAGGACCACAGGGACAGGUUGGUGGGGGAGGUCCUCUGAGGUUCGAGGGACCUCUUGGGCAAAUAGGUGGGCCGUUGCGGUUUGAAGGGCCUGGAGGCCAGCCUGUGGGUGGUCCUAGAUUUGAAGGACCUGGAGUUGGUCUCAGGUUUGAGGGACCCCGUGGUCAACCUUCAGGUGGUCUCAGGUUUGAGGGACCUCAUGGUCAACCUCUGGGGCCUCGCGGUCAGCCAGGGGGUGGCCUCAGAUUUGAGGGCCCGCACGGCCAGCCCUUAGGGCCUCACGGUCAACCAGGAAGUGGUCUCAGGUUUGAAGGUCCACAUUUACAGCCAUUGGGGCCCCAUGGUCAACCUGGCAGCGGUCUCAGAUUUGAGGGGCCACAUGGACAGCCUAUGGGGCCACACGGACCAUCAGGAGGUGGGCUCAGAUUCGAGGGGCCACACGGGCCUCCAGGUGUAGGGCCCAGAUUGAUAGAUGGACCAGUGCACCAGGGAGUUGGUGGACUUAGAUUUGAUGGUCCUCUGGGACGGACCGGUCCAAGAUUUGAUGGCUGCCAUGCUGGGUUUGAUGGACAACCUGGACAGCUGUCUCUUUUGCAAAGAUUUGAUGGAAUUCAUGGACAGCCUGGCCCAAGAUUUGAAAGGGCUCCUGGCCAGCCCGCACAACCACGAUUUGAUGCAGCCAUACCUCAGAGAUUUGAUGGUCCUCACCAGCCAGCCUCAAGAUUUGACCUGCCCCUUGGCCUUCAUGGUGCACGUUUUGAAAAUAUGGCCAGCCAUCCUGCCUCACGAUUAGAGAUGUCGCCAUAUGGACAAAGUGGGCCUUUUGUUGACCAUCCCGGACAGGGCUACAGUGGACCAGCUCAUGGGAUGCAGUUCCAAAGGCCUGAAAUAUUUGACAGUUCACUAGGACCAAAUUUCAGUGGGCCAGCUGGCCCAGGAGCACAGAAUUUUUCAUUAAGAGCAUCUGGACAUUAUUUUGAUGACAAACUUCAGGGUCCUCAAUACGGGAACUUCAAUAGUAUGUCAAUGGGAGGUCAUCAGGUUUCGCACAUGUCUGCUCAGCCAGGACCUUAUGGCCAAGGUCAACAGUAUUUACCAAAUCCUGGAAGCUUUGUUCAGAACCCUGCAGGAGGAGCCCUUCCACAUGCAUAUCCUGAUAACCACCUUGGUCAGCUUGAUGUCAAUGAAUUGUUUGCUAAACUGUUGUCAACAGGAAUCCUCAAACUGUCAAAAACGGAUUCCACUUCAGCACAAGCGAAUGAAACAUCGGCGCAGCCAGCUGCUGAAGAGGAGGAUGAUGACCAGGGUGAUCACGAUGUCCCAGACCUCACAAACUUUAAAGUUGAAGAACUCAGACAGCGUUAUGACAGUGUUAUAAAUCGACUUUACACUGGAAUUCAGUGCUACUCGUGUGGAAUGAGAUUUACUACUUCACAGACAGACGUUUAUGCAGACCAUUUAGAUUGGCAUUAUCGUCAGAACCGUUCAGAAAAAGACGUGAGCAGAAAAAUUACACACAGGAGGUGGUACUACAGUGUAACGGAUUGGAUUGAGUUUGAAGAAAUAGCUGACUUAGAGGAGCGUGCAAAAAGCCAAUUCUUUGAAAAAGCUCAUGAAGAAGUUGUAUUAAAGACACAGGAAGCUGCAAAAGAAAAGGAGUUUCAGAGUGUCCCUGCUGGACCAGCUGGAGCAGUUGAGAGGUGUGAAAUCUGCCGGGAGCAAUUUGAGCAGUACUGGGAUGAGGAGGAGGAAGAGUGGCAUCUAAAGAAUGCUAUCAGAAUGCAUGAGAAGAUUUACCAUCCAUCCUGUUACGAAGAUUACCAAAACACAUCAUCAUUUGAUUGCACACCCUCUCCCAGCAAGACCCCUGUAGAAAAUCCCCUAAAUAUUAUGUUGAACAUUGUUAAACAGGAAACGGAUGAGUCCUGUGACUCACCUCAAGUGAAAGAAGAACCUGAUGACACCCCUCCUGCCUGUGCAGAAGAGAGCACACCUGCCUCUAUAGAUGUUAAAACAGAACCAGAUGAGUCUGUUUAGAUUGAGGUUUGAUUUUUUUUACAGAAGAGCUCCUGUGUUAAUUCUGGAAAGCAGAUACUUUUUAUAGGAAAUAAAAACGUUCAAUUGAGGCAGGGCCUCAGCUACUGUUUCGUUAAUAAAUAAAUAAAUAAAUACAUUUUUGUAUUUAAAUUUCUUAUUGCCUGCACUGUUUCAGGUGUCAUUGUGUGAAAAUUCUGUACAUGCGUGAAAAUUUAAUGGAAUGAAAUUGUAUAUGUAAAAAUGUACAAUUUUCACUUGUGGAAAUGUAAAUUAUAAAUAAAACAUAUUUUUGCUAUA